AUGGCCAACGCUCGACUGGGCGGAUCCCAACGCACACUGAUCGCAACCAUCGGAGACGAGGACUCCAUCACCGGGCUCUUGCUGGCCGGCACCGGCCAUGUCACCCCGGCCGCCAAGAAAAACUUCAUGGUCGUCGACUCCAAAACGCCGGUGGCGGAUAUCCAGAAAGCCUUCGACGAGUUCACCACCCAGCGCGACGACAUCGCCAUCGUCCUCAUCAACCAGCACGUCGCCGACAAGAUCCGGCCCGCCGUCGACAAGUACGAGGCCGCAUUCCCGGCACUGCUCGAGAUCCCCUCCAAGGACCAUCCCUACGAUCCGGAGAAAGAUAGCGUCUUGAAACGAGUCAAGAAGCUCCAUCGGGCGGUGACGUCAUCCCCCAACUCGGCAAUCGACCCCCAAAAAACCAGCAAACAACCAGCCGAGCGCGGAGAAGAUGGCGACCCCACUGGCCCCGGCAAGCUUCAGCCGCAAGAGCCUCGUGGUCCGCGCAGGACACCGAUACUGUGCAGUCCCCUCACCCACUGCCCCAGCCUCGGCCUCCAGGAACUAACGUGUGUCUUGCUAGCGUAUAUCGACCAUUCCUUGGACGGCCAUCCGGCAACGGUCGUCUUGCUCUUGCACGGCUUCCCCGACUUGGCGUACGGUUGGAGGUACCAGAUCUGUGAUCUCGCCAGGCGCGGCUAUCGGGCCAUCGCACCUGAUCUGCUGGGCUACGGCGGGAGUUCCAAGCCGGCUGACGUCCAGGCAUACUCCAAGCUCAACAGCUGCAAAGCGCUGUCCGAAAUCCUCGAGCACGAGAACAUAGAGAAGGUUGUUGUCGUGGGACAUGACUGGGGAUCCGCGCUCGCGUUCCGGUUCGUCCAGUACUUCCCGGAGAAAGUCAUAUGCUGGGCAACGAUAUGUGUCCCGCCCUCUCGGCCUGCUAAGCGCGGAGAAUCGCCUCCAGACUUCGAGAGAAUCAUCCAGCAGCGUCUCCCACAUCUUGGCUACCAGCUGUACUUCAUGUCGCCAGAGCACAGCGAGGAGAUCCACCGAUACCGCAGGACGGUGCUGCUCCUGCUCUAUUUGCACACCGAUCGCGGCCUGGAGAGGCCCCUCCUGGACCGGUUUGCAAGCUUGAAGGAGCAGUCGUUCGUUGGGAAGGAUGUCCUCCAACGACAAGUCAAUGAGAUCCGCGACCAGUUCGAGAAGAUCGACGUUCAGGACCCGGAAAUCAGCUACUUCUUGGAUGAGUUUGAGAAAGGCGGACUGCUCGGCCCUUUGAGCUGGUACAAAACGCGCGAGAUAGAUCACAGGGAUGAGCAAGCGGCGCGUCUGCCGGCGACAUAUCCAGCGGACAUCCCGUGUCUGUAUCUCGGCGCCUCGGCCGACACGGCCUUCCCGCCGGAGCUGUUCACCGAGAGCUCCAAAGCGGCCUUGUUCCCCGGGGCCAAUCUGAGCUCGCAUGUCGUCCGCGGCGGGAACCACUUCAUGCACCAGGAUCCUGUCUGUCGCGAUCAUGUCUCCGCUGUCCUCGGAAAGUGGAUCGAUUCCCAUGCUUCCUCUGCGCCUAAGCGCCCUAGUCGUCUGUGA